AUGUUCUCCAGAAUCUCAGACAGAUUCCACAAAUCCAACAAUCAAAAAGCCAAAUUGUUGAACUUUACAGAGUUCUAUGAACUCGAUAAUCCAAUAAAAAAACAGUAUUUCCGUGGAUUAUUCCACAAACACCAAGCUGGAGCCAGAAAAAUCUCCCAAGAGUUUCACCAACAACUAACCUCAGAUACAUCAAGUUCAAUUUAUUCUACGGAACCAUCAAGUUCAAUUUAUUCCGAUGUUGCUCCUGCUAAUUCCAACAACAUUUCCCCAUAUACUCAAACUGACUCAUAUUCUAUUGGAAACAAUAGAAAAUCAAAAUUGGCCGCCUUCAAAAAUAAGUUCAUCAAGUCAUCCAGAUAUGAUAGUGAUACCAACCAACCAGAGCGUUCGUUCAAAGUGUUGAGAGUUAGGAAACAUGUGUUCGAGCCAAGCAAUGGCAUGGAUUACUAUAUUGAUUUAUAUGCACCUGGUGCAACUGCUCCUAUCCGUGCUACUAGUAACAAUAGAAAACUGUUUUACAUGCUUAACAACGACAAAGAAGAAGAGGAACUUAUGUCUCAAACAAGAGAAAAAAUCACGUCAUUCAGAGACUAUAUGGACAACAAAGCCAAGAAACCUAUCAGAGUGGUAAGAGUCAAACGUUCUAAUCCUGCUGCUACUACCACUCCUGUUACUGCUACUAAUAAAAUACACUUAUAUUCCGUGGAAGAUAGGUUCGGUAAUUCAUCCAGAUAUCUUACUGAAAUCGACAUAACCCAGGGGCCUAUCGAAGUGGUGGGAAUCAAGAGUCAAAAUCAAAAUCAAUUCAAACCUCAGUUUAAGAUCUCGAAAGGUGAAGAUCGUUUGGCCGACAUUGAACGUUGCUGGAAACAAAUUAACGUCAUGAUGGAAGAUGAAGAUCCAUUUGAUCAAACAAUAUAUGGACCUGGCCAUGCGUCGCUCCACUCAAUGCAUUGCCAUCGAGAUAUGCCUAGAUGUCAACUUCCGAACUGCAUCCGAACCCACAGAUAG